AUGAAAGAAAGCAUAACAGUGAGAGAGGAAGAUAAGUCGAGAUGGUGGUGGUUCGAGAGUCAUAAGACCUCAAAGCACUCUCACUGGCUUCACUCAACACUCGCAGAGCUCGAUGCAAAGACAAAGGCCAUGCUGAAGCUGAUUGAGGGCAACGCGGACUCCUUUGCGCAGCGAGCCGAGACCUACUACAAGAAACGCCCUGAGCUCAUCGCCUUUCUCCAAGAUUUCUAUCGAGCCCACCGCUCCUUGGCCGAGCGCUUCGAUCACUUGAAAUCAUCUCGUUCCGCUUGUGGCAGCACUUCUCACACCAGCUCUGAGCUCGAAGAUGCCGAUUCGGAGAUUGAAGACCCAGAAGUGGACGAAGAAAACGCCCAUGAAACUUGGACAUUAGAACAAGAAAGGUUGAAGCUGAUUGAAGAGCGGGAUGCUCUGAGGAAGCAACUGCUAGAGAAGGACGAAGAGAAGAGAGCGGUCAUUAGACAGCUUGCUCGAACAGUAGAGACGCUCAAGGACGACAACUCCAGCCUCAAGAGACGUCUUGCCCACGCGUCUCUCAACAAACGCUGCUUCUGGGAGUACAAGUUCCUCCGCAACAAGAUCGUUUAG